GCCGCGGCGCGGGGCUGCGCGGUGCGCGGCGGCGGGGACGUGCCCCGGUGCGGCGGCCGCGGGGUGCUCGGUGCGCGCCGGCGCCUCUCGUCCUCCUCGGCCCGGCCCCCGGCCCUCGCCGUCCCUCCGCGCUGAUUCUCUCUCUCUCUCCUCUCUUUUUUUAAAGUGUGACUGAAACAAAACAAAGCCAAAGGGACGCUGGAUCUAUCAUUGGUUGAUUUUCCUUCUCCUUUUUUUUUUUUAUGAUCAAAAACAACCCCCCACCCGAGCAAACAAACACACACAAAAGCAGAAAGAAAGGGUCUUGCUCAGCAGCAGCAUGGAUGUCUUGGCUAGUUAUAGUAUAUUCCAGGAACUCCAGCUUGUCCACGACACCGGCUACUUCUCAGCUUUGCCAUCCUUGGAGGAAAACUGGCAGCAGACAUGCCUGGAGUUGGAGCGAUACCUUCAGACUGAACCGCGGAAGAUCUCUGAGACCUUUGGUGAGGAUUUGGACUGCUUCCUUCAUGCCUCCUCAGCUCCAGAUGCAGAGGACAAUAUCCGACGGCUGGAUCCCAUCCUUUUACCAGCAGAGACGAGUACGUGUGACAAAAGCGCCAACAUGGACAUUAUCCUCUCACGGGACAAGCUGCUGUCUGAGACGUGCCUCAGCUUGCAGUCCACCAGCUCUUCCACAGAAGGCUACACAGCCGUCAACCAGGCCCAACUCAAUGCAGUAACCUCAUUAACGCCCCCUUCCUCUCCAGAGCUCAGCCGCCACCUUGUAAAAACCUCACAAACUCUCUCAGCGGUGGAUGGCACAGUGACGUUGAAAUUGGUGGCCAAGAAAACUUCACUCAGCUCCGUGAAAGUGGGUGUAGCAACAGCAACCGCGGGGACGAUAAAAAGCGGGCACAGUGACAGUGAACAAGGAGGUACAGGGGCAGAAGCAUCCCCGGAAAACAAGAAGAGGGUUCAUCGCUGUCAAUUUAAUGGGUGCCGGAAGGUUUAUACAAAGAGCUCCCACUUAAAGGCUCACCAGAGGACUCAUACAGGUGAGAAGCCUUACAAGUGCUCGUGGGAAGGGUGCGAGUGGCGUUUUGCACGGAGCGACGAGCUCACGAGGCAUUACAGAAAGCACACGGGUGCAAAGCCCUUUAAAUGCAACCAUUGUGACAGGUGUUUUUCCAGGUCUGAUCACCUCGCCCUCCACAUGAAGAGACACAUCUAAAAAUCAGUCAGCUUGGCAUGGAUGUCAUCUGAGCUAAGUGUUGUGCGAUGAAAGUGGAACUCAAGUUACAAUGCGCUACCUUGCAGGAGAAGAGAACUUGAUCACAUGUAAUCCUCUGUACAGAGACCACACGCUCACACUGUCAUGCACCCAAUUAUACUUCAAUACGUACAUCGGUUCUUUAUGCCUUGCCCCAGCUGGAUGGGAGAAGACGCAGGCGAGGAAAUGGUGUAGAGAUGAAGUCAAUGAGAAGGAACAAUUGCUUACAGUACUUCAUCCCUCUUGGAUUUGUUUCCUGUUUUUGCCAAUGGAAAUCAAAGAAAACGGAGGAGGCUUCCCUGCAGGUGGAUGGCAGUAGGAGGGGCUUAUUUAACUUGCUUCUCAAUGCAACUCCAUUGGAGAAUAUGUCAUCUUGAAGUUGCAUAUUUGUAGCACUAACUUUCUUUUUAAAUAGAUGGGGGGAAAACAAUGACCUAGAAAACCAAAUCCCAGUUUGGUAGCCAAAAUUAACCUCUUGGUUCAUUUGUUCUUUGUCUGAGAAUUCCUAAUGUUCAGUGCGUCAGACUUCUCACAGACACUUUGACCUGUCUUGGUUAUGGUUCUUCUUCCUAGAACUGAGCUAUUGAGAUCCUUUUAAGUCAAUACCAGUGGCCUUAAUGGCAGUAGACUGUGGAGUGACACUUGUGACACAAAUAUCCUCUUUUUGGCCUGAGUUUAUGUAGACUUCACGGAGGACUAUAUUUUUGUUGGUUGUUUUUAUUUUAAUUUUUGUUUUGGCUAUUGCACAACAUAUGCACUAGGGACUCUGGAAGCUGCUGCCAUGAUGGCUAAGUGGCCAAUGGAUAAACCCCUGAGAAACAGCACCUAAUAUCUCUGUAGGCCUCACCUUAUUGCCAUAGCUAGGACUUAUUGUUUAUUUGUUGAACAAAAAACUUUAAAAGCUUAUUUGGAAGCUUAAAUAUUUUUUCUCUUUUCUCCACGAACAAGUGAUCUUCAGAACUCCUUGUCUUCACCUGGAUAUUGGUCUGGGACUGGCCACACAGGCAUGACUACAGGAUUCCUUCCGCACCAUGUGAGCAUGUUAGCCACAACCCACAGUGACUUAGUGAUGAAUUAUGUUGCUUUUUCUUGCUGUUCUUCUAUUAACCAAUUUCAAACAUUAGACUUUUGUUUGUGUAAAGAGCACCUGCAGACAUUUUAAUUUAAAGAUAAUGUUUGUUGAGCAUCUUACACACAAAAAAACCCAAGCCAAAAAUCCUGCUCCAGUCUCUGAGUGGGAAAUCGAGAACCUCUUCCAAGUACAAUGGCUUCAUUCAGCGUUAGCCUUUUAAAGAAAUUAUCAAAGUCCUCCUUUUCCAUUCAUCAAGUUGAUGCUGUAGCUCACUCCUAUAUGAAAAAAUGUAACAGUGUGAACGGUGAAGGAAGGGUUGGAUUUUACAUACAGCAGUGAGGCUUUUCCAAAUGAUUGGUCUAAAGUAUUACUAACCUAGAGGUCCAUUUUGGCCUACUGUGUGAACCAUCAAGGAGAAGUGGAGGUCUCAUGCUCACCCUUCAGUCCUAUUGAUAAUAUGAUUUCGUUGGCUCAAAGUGGAUUGAAGUCUUCAUUACAAAAGAAAAACAAAAAAAUGUAUCUUACUUAACUUGCAUUUGAAACUAUUUGGCACUGGCCCUGACUCCAAAGACUGCAUUUAGGACCAUAAAAAUGGCCUAUGCAAGCAGGCAGGUGGUCAUUAGGUUGUAUAUUUUGUAUAUUCUGGGACCAUCCCUACAAGAUGUGUCUAGAAGUGAGACAAAAUGGCGCGUGGUCCACAAAUGGUUGCUGCUCUUUUAUACUGUAUUAGCCAACUGCCCUUCUUUGACUGUUUUGACUCAUUGACUGUUAAAUAUUUCCCUUAAUUUAUGUUUUGGGAGGUAAAACUGUACUCUUAGGGGAAAAAAGAACAAACAAGAAACUCAAUAGAUGUUUAAGAGCCGUCACCGGGAUCCUUGGCACUUGAAUUCUCAACAUUUUGCAACCUUUGGUUCCAGUGAGAGAUUGAAUUUACUCAAAAGAUGCUGUUUUUCCUCACAGUUUUCACAAAGCACUGUGACUGUCAACUGAACACUUUGGGGACAGGGGGGAAAUACGAUGUCUGGCCCAUAUGGCAUGAAAUAUGGACCAAAAUCAAACCAUCUUUUAGGGACAAUGAUGUAACAUUCGUGAUAAGAGCAUGAGAGAGAGCAAGAGAGAGUGAAAGAAAGAAAAAAAAGAAAGAGAGAAAGAGAGAGAGAGAACGACAAUUGAGUUUAUUCCAAAGAUUUAAAACUAACUAUACUCUAUAUGUGUAUAUAUAUAUGCUUAUAUAUAUAUGUAUACAUUUAAAAAUUGCGGAGCACUGCUUGCUGACAAUCUCGUAUUUCUCUACUUCUGUAUUUGCAUACUUUUUAUGGCCAUUCCACCCAGCUGUUCCACUGGGACUGAGGGCCCUAGAAUCCAAUUUAUGUUGGAAUAUAUAGAGCAUCCUGCCAGAUGUCUAAUGGGAACUGAAACCUAAGCUGUGUGAAACUGUAGAGCAUCCAGUCAGUGCAUUAGAUUGAAAAAAGGAUAAGAGAAUCCUAGAAUUUCAUUACUGUACUGUCCUAAAGUGUGUGCUCUCUAACCCGCCACUAUGAUAUUCAUUGGCUGUGAACCUGCAUAAAUAUCCUCCUUUGACCUCUGAACACACCUGCCUUUAGACAUGCUGUCAGUAGUCUACAAACCUUAAUUAUUAAGUGACAGUUUAAGUACCAGACUCUAUUUAAAAUUGAAAAAAUCAAGCAAGACUGUUUAUUUACUUCCAGUUGUCAUUUAUGGCCUUGUUGACAUCUUAUUUAAAUAUGGCAGAACAAGGGCCCCAUGGAAAAAACAUGCUGAAAUAUCUGAUUAUUUUGUUCUAGAGGCAGGCCUACAUCUAAAUCAUAGGUCCAAAUAGCCUAAAAAAACAUAGAGAAGAGGGCAAUAGGAGACUUAACCAGAUUUAAGAUUUCUCAGGCUCUCUCUGUAGCUGGUUUUGAACUCUGAAGCCAAAUUUUGAACUUUGGGACCAUCUCUUCUGUUUGUAAAGGGAGAUAUUUUUCACCUGUAUACAUGGUAUACUCAGUCAAUCUCUGGACUUCAGUUUUGGGGUGCUCAUAUGCAAGUGUCUUAGUCAUUACUAAAAUUUUGAACCAUACCAUAGCUGGUAUUUUGUAGAAGGACUCUCCAUUUUGGAAAGGCAUAAUUAGUGACACAUUCCAGGAUUCGUUUUUUACAAUGACAAGGUUUGUUUCUUCACAGAUAUUUUAAGCUGUGCACUUCAAACUUGUCUAAUCUGUUAUAGCUUGAUCCUUUUUGGGCCUGUGUCUCCGUGCUAAAGUUGUACAGUUGUCCUCUGUUUGUGAACUAUGAGUAGAAACAGACUAAUGAGGAAACACUAAUCCUCUCUGUAAGGCUUCUUGGAAGCAAACCCAUAAAUAGAUGAUUUGGUGACAGCUGAGGACCAAGUUAUCCAGCUGUGGAAAGGAGAAGCUUAACCUUGUUUCCUUCAUGCUAGAUUUAUGCCUAUUUGCAAAAGAGAAGCCAGUAUAAGAAAGUCAGAUUGUGGUUUCCAAGGCCAUGGAACUAUAGGAUGAGAACAAACUGAGACAAAAUCGUGUACAUAGAGGAAGCAACUAAAGCUGUUUUUGUGAAUAGCUAAAAUUUUGGAGAAAAGCAGUCAGUCAUAGAAUCAUGCAGGUGGGAAGGGGCCUCCAGAGGCCAUCUUGGCCAACCUCCAACUAGAGCUUGUUGCUCAGGGCCAUAUCCAGCUGAGUUUCAAAUAUCCCCAAGGAUGGAAAUUCUACAACCUCUCUGUGCAAGCUGGUCCAAUAUUUGACCACCUUUACGGUAAAAAAAAAAAAAAAAAGUAAAAAUCCGUGUGUCAAGUAGGAAUUUUCCAUGUUCCAACUUGUUUUCAUUGCCUCUUCCACUAUGCACCUCCAAGAAGUCUGGCUUCUUCUCUACACCCUCUGUUAGGUAUUUGUAGACAGCAAUAAGAUCUGCUCUUACCCUUCUCUUCCUAAGGUUGAACCAUGUCUCUCAGCCUUUCUUCAUCCUGGAACCUGAUGGUCCUG